AUGAGCUCUAAACCAAAAACCACUCGCAAGAAUCAAAGACAAGACCCCCAUCUUGACGUUUCCAAAGAGCUAGAGGAUUCUGUCCCUGGAAGAAGAAGAAGUACAAGAUUGAGUGGAAAAGUUGUACCUACUGAUGAUAAAAAAGUGUCAAUUGAUUCGAAAGUACGGAAAAACUCUACAAGAAAAGUUUUCAAGGAAGAAACACCCAGCUCUGAUGAAGAAGAUAAGCCUGAAAUUAACGUAACGUCUGAUGUAAAAAGAAAGUUGUUGAUGAGCCCAGGAACUGCGCUUGCAGAGCAAGUUGGAACGCUAGAAAUAUCUUCUCAAAGUGGCGCCAAAACUCCGGACACGCGAAAGAUGAAACCUACUAAUUUGAAGAACAAGUACAUGCAACAAAGAACUCCGGAAAAGAAAUCAAGAUCAUUAUCAAUCUCAGAAAAAACACCCGAGAAACGAGCGAAAAAGAACGAAUCUUCCGAUUCUUCCGAUUCAGAUUGUGAAAGUAACGAACAGCUAUGCACAUCUUCGAUUCAAGGAGCACUGAAAGCUAGAGAAAAUGAAUUUGAGUCACUCAAAUCUUGGAUUUUGGAAAGCAAAUCAGGAAAAACGUCCUUGUCUAUUUAUGUCAGUGGUCAACCUGGAACUGGUAAAACUGCAACUACUACCAGAGUACUCGCACAUCUGGGCGAAUCGAUUAAAAGCUGCAUCGUGAACUGUGCUUCUACAAAUACCAAGUCAGCAUUAUUUAAGACAAUUUUCCAGUCGCUGGAUUUGUCUGGAAAGCCUAACGUUGAAGUGUUUGAGGAACAGGUGAAAAAGUUCAAAGUUCCACUAGUAUUGGUACUCGAUGAAAUUGAUAAUUUGGCAAACCGAAGAAACGAGGCCUUGUACGCUGCCUUUCAAUGGCCAGUGACUUUGUCUUACAAAGUCAUCAUCCUUGGAAUUGCAAACUCUAUUGAUCUAACGGAACGUCUUCUCCCAAAGCUCGAGCUUGGAAAACAUCCUCUUAAACGACUCGUAUUUGAACCAUAUACCAAGGACGAUAUUGUCGAAAUUUUGAAUGACAAGCUGAAGCAAGAAGAGGCCGUCGUUGAUGCGAAGGCUAUCGAACUAACAGCCAGGAAAGUUUCAGCAAUGAGUGGAGAUCUUCGAACUGCCCUUCAUAUCUUCAAGCAACAGAAAAGUCGUAUGAUGCCUAUGAAUCCAGACUCCUCCGAACCACCGAAAACACCAGUUAAUGGGUGUCGGGAUGUUCUCAGUAUCAUGAAUAACGUCUACUCCUCACCAUUGGCUAGAGCUCAUCUUCCACUACAACCACGAAUCCUGCUGGCCGUAUCACUGGCACUCUCCACCAGCAAGAAGAGCAAGUUUGAUCGAAAUUCACUGAUUCGUGCAUAUUACAAAGCUUGCGAAGCAUGUCGGUGGCCGUCUCUGGAGGACGAUGAUCUUUAUUCAGCUUUCCAAACACUCGAGUCACAAUCGUUUAUUCGUCAGAUAAACGGUGGAAAACUGGUCCUUCAAGUUGACGUUCCUACAGCUAAGUCAGCGAUUAGUGACAAUGCCAUGCUCGAUCAGAUCGGUCUCCUUCAACUAUAA